CGCCCUCUCGUGUGCUGCUUGAGUUGUUUCCUACUCAAAAUGGCCGCCUUUGAAGAGGGAACAGACGAACGAAUUUCGUGGCGGAAAAGUUUGAAUUCUCACCCAAUUUUCGACAGAUUGAGAGAAACUAGCAAGCAUGUCACACUCAGGAGUGACCCAGAGGAGCUGUUGGUUGUUCGGGAAGGAAUCUUGUUCGCAUGGGACAGGGAACAGAGCCGACUUUUAACAGCAAAUCUGAAAGAUUUACUCCACGCAGACGACGCAUCACGUCCGCGAAGCACGCUACAGAUAUUGCUGUGCACACACGCACCGAGAUUCAACGUUGAGCACAUCACCCUGAGUCUGACCGGUCAGCAUGUCCUGUUAUGGGGACCUCGGGGGGCAUCGGUCAUGCAUUUACCGAGACGCUAUGGAAAGUUUGGCCAGUAUGAGAGUGGGAAGGAGACAAUUAACUGCAGGACGAUGGUGUUAGCUGAGAGGUUCUUCAUGUCCAGUGGUUCUAUCAGGUUACUGCAGGCAGCAUGGCACCCAGGGAGUAACUCAGACUUACACGUUGUACUCCUCACAUCAGAUAACACUCUAAGGAUUUACGACAUCAACUCCCCACACAAGCCAAUCCAAUGCCACAGAUUAGGGGAGUACUCCACUAGUUACUCCCUCUCGGCCAAUCGCUCAACGUUUGAGGUAGCACUCGGCGACGUUGCCGUGGCGUUUGACUUCGGACCGGCAACAGAAGAUUCAAGACGUGCCCUAGAGAGACCCUCGGGGUGUGGCCCGUUGGUCUACCCCAUCUACAUCUUGAAGGGUAACGGAGAUGUUUUCUUACUCCAAACUAGUCUGUCCGAACCAGGCUAUCUGCACACCAAUCUGCAAGGGCCCCUGACCAUGCAUCCCCCAGCUGAGGACAACUAUGGACUGGAUGCCUGUAGCUUAAUGUGCCUUCACUCUAGUCCAGUGGUACUGGUAGUCGCCACUUCCAGUGGUAUCCUUCACCACUGCGUGGUGCUAGCUGGUGGGGAUGAUGACGACGAUGAUGACGACAAUGAUUCCGCAGUCUCGGAAUCCAUAUCAGACCUGGCGAGUGUCCGGAGCAAGACGGAUUCUAGUCUGUAUGUUUAUGAGAGCGUGGAGCUCUUUCUCACCCCAGUAUUGUCAGAGGAGUGUGUUGAAGAAGUUGCUUACCCAAUCCUUCUCCACCGAGAUCCAUCAGUCCUGUGCAAGUACUACUGCUCACACAGUGCUGGCGUACAUGGUGUCACAUUGUCAUGGUUGCAGAAGCUUGAGCGGUACUGUUCCUCUGACAACGACAACAAUGAGGAAGGCACAGUGAUGGAUGUGAUUAAUCAAGACCAGCCAUGUAGAGUAGCCCAUAUGAUAUGUACCAAGCCAUCUGAAACAUGCCAAGCUGCUCCAAUCCUUGGCCUGACUAUAGUGGACGAUCAACUGCUUGGCCAAGCCUUGCUUUGCCAGACAGUCAACAAUGACUGCAUUGUUACCCCGCUUAGAAACCUAGACAUGCCCCCAGCCCCUCUUCUAGUAUCUGAGAAGUAUUCACAAGAAGUGUCGUCUCUGCCGAGACAGUCCGGGGGAGAGCCAUUCCAGCAUCACAUCCGCAAGAUUCUGCAGAGGGAAGUUUCACAUCCGAUCCUCAAAGGCAGCUCCAAGACUAGCCUGAGUCUCAAGGAAAGCUUUGAACUGGUCCAGAGCGCCACCAGGGUGCUUAGGGAAGAGUACAUCAUUAAACAAGACCUUGCCAGGGAUGAGAUUGAAAAACGAGUGAAGAUACUACAGCAGCAGAAAGAGCAACAGCAGUCAGACUUGGCAGAGAGUGCCAGACUGAAGGUAGAGAUCAAAGGGAAAGCAGAGGAGAUCGCCGUUCGCCACGAUGAUGUAGUAGAAAAACAGAAACAACUCAUGAAGAGGGUCGUCAGUGUCCUUCAUACAAUGCAUGGUCAGCUUCCAGUAUUGUCCGAGGCAGAGCAGAGUCUGCAAAGAGAGAUGAACGAGAUGCAAGAUAAGAUGGAACAACUGCAGAACGCCUUGCAACAGGUGAGAGUCAAAGACGAGUAUCGCAAGGAGAAGAUCCAGGAGUUUGACCGGAAGGUGUCAAGUCCCUCCCUGAGCCAAGGACAGAACCGGCAUCUUAAGACACUUCUUAAAGAAGAGACUGAUGCCAUUGCUUCAUUGGUGAAAGAAACGAAGAACCUCGCAGUUGCAGUUGGACACUAAAAACGGCGCUCCAUGAAAGACACUUCAGGCCAGGAAUUUCUGGUGUUGUUGAUGGGCAACGUUCAAUCUUAUUUUACGGAGGGCACCUCUGCUGGAGAUUUUGGGGCAAAAAUAAAAACAAAAAGGUUAAUAGUGCCCUGCCUU